AUGGCAAAGUUUAAUUUUAAGAUCUUUGAAACAGAAGUUGAUCGAGCAUAUCAAAUUCGAUGUUUUUUCACUGAAUCGGUUAAAGCACUAGAAGCUACAUUAGAUGUUAGCCAGUUGACAACGCAAAUUAUCGCGAGAGAGUAUGCUCUUCCCACGUGUAUUUAUGAGAUACGUGAAAGUCGUAAUGGCCCAUUUGUCAAAUUUGCGCACAUUGGUGAUCACAUAUGGCAUGUAUGGCAUUGCGAUUUAGUAGCUGGUACGGUAUAUGGUAUUCUAAUUCAUUCAUGUCAUGUUGAUGAUGGUCAAGGAAAGCAUGUUCCGAUAGUGGACAAUAAAGGAUGCGUUUUGGAUCCUUUGCUGCUAUCAGAUAUUGAAUAUGAUAAUCAGGCCAUAACAGCUUAUGCAGAAACACGAGUUUUCAAGUAUUCUGAUAAAAUUCAGUUGUAUUUUACAUGUACCAUACAACUUUGUGUUAAGAAUGAUGGUGGCUGUGAUGAUGUAACCCCACCAGAUUGUGACAAUGUCGAAUAUUUGACACAAGUACCGGUCGAAUAUUCUUCGCUAGACCGCGAUCAUCGUGAUGAUUCGUCAUCACAUAUUCGUCGGCAUG